GGUUGCUCCACAUGUAACGCUACCAGCCUCUUUGUCUAAUGCAUUGUUUCAUUUGGAACGAAGUGUCCGCACCAGCAUCACGCACACGCACGCAUCAGCGAUACACUUGAAAGCAUCGACUGCGUCAGGUGGAAGCAGAGAACAUCCGACUCAUGUCUUUCCAUUUCCCCCACAGGGAUCAGUCAUUCCAGUUUGGUGCUGCUCAGCGGUUGGACUCGAUGUUGUAGCUGCAUGGUACAUUAGUCAUGUUGAGUCUUCGUUUUUCUUGCUGCUUCCUCCACUGGGCUUUGGAGAUGAUCCGGUCUCGGGCUCGCGCUGCCCUGUCAGCUCCGGGAGCCUAGUCCCGCUGACACUGAAGAGGUGCUUGUGCUCAGUGAGUUUGAAUAGGAGGAUGGCGGGGCGCAAAGGCUGUGUGAACUCGUUGUGGUCGGGCACAGAGCGCGUCCGCAUCGGGGAGCGACUCAAAGCGACACUGGCGGGAGUCUUGGAGCUGGAGCUGCUCAGGUGCAAACAGCUGGAGCUCGUGGACUCUGCGCUGGACAACAGUCGGAACCAAGAUCAGAGCUGCAUGACGUCCCGCAGGCAACAGUUUGCACCUCCACCAGAUAUCACAGCAUUACCUGCCCAAAGCAGCCCAGGGGAGUCAGCAGAUGGGGCAGUCCACACCUCAGCACGCUGGUCUACUCUAUCCUGGGACACCUCCUCUGAUCUGGUCUCUCCCCCCACACCUGACCCCAUUAACACGGUCCACCUGGACAGUGACUCCAGACCUAGUUCAGGGUUUUACUCAGUGAGUGGCAGUUCUCUGUCAGACUCUUGCUACUCAGUGUCCAGUGAAAUUGCUCAUGGGCAGGCACCGUCCAGACCCCAGAAGCUGUGGGACCAGAGCCCCCUACCUGACAGUGCUGACAUCUUGUGGACAGACGGAGCAGUGCAGCACACCGAAGCAGAGUGCAGCCAUGAACUAGCAGAAGCAACAAAUGAUCUGGAAGCAAGUGGUCUAAGCUUUCUGUCUGACCUCUGCUCAGGGUGCAGCAACUCUAUAAUCCCUUCCCUCCUUCAGCUUAUCUCUCCAUCAUCAUCAUCCUCUGCACUGAUUGACCUAAAGUCUCAACUGGACCCUCGCUACUGUGCAGACCUGGUGUCACGACGGACCAAAGAGGUGUACCCUUACCCCAGCCCACUGCAUGCUGUGGCUCUUCAAAGUCCUCUCUUCACAACACAGGAAACCACUCAAUCUAGUCCUAGUGCUGAAGCUCUACAAUCUGAUGACAGCUCUCAACCCACCAGCAACAAUGAGCAAACUCUUACUCAACCAACCACUCCAGCCCAGAUUUCCUUCACCCAGUUAGAGCAGUACAUUAAUCGUUUGGCCCGGCAAUACCACACCCGUGUGUCUGCAUCCACCACUGAUUUGACUUCAUUUGGUUCUGUACCAUUUAGAGGUGUUUGCACAUCAGGAAAAGUCCAUGGGUCCACUCAGUCUCUUUCAGCCUUUGAGAGUCUAAGCACACCUUGUGCUCUAGGGGGCAGCAUCACGCCCUGCAAGUCACAGCAGGGAAACUCAGCCAGAGUGAGUUUAAUCACAACAGGGAAAAAAGCAACAAGAAACUCCAUAAAUCUGGGUAAUUUACCCUCUGCCACUGGAGAGGAUUUGAGCAUAAACUUGCAUCUAAAUGUAAACUUGAACCUCAAUCCUGGUUUAAAUUUGAGCCAGAGUCUUGCGGACACCCCUAAAACAGGCAGUUGUGGUGCACUGAAAAGUGAGUUUACCACUGCCUCUGCCUCAUCCCUGUCCUCCACACCCACUCCAGCACUUAGACCACGCCCCCGGAUCUCCACCUGCCCCUCCAGCCUGAGCCAUCGCAGCUCUUUAGAGGUCGCACCCUCAUUUGGGUCAAGUCAUUUUUGUCGAUCAUUGGACUUUAGCAGCAGCGCCCCAGAGCACCUGUCAGUGCAUGGGUCCAGUUCAGGAUCAGCUCCUGGCUCUCAACGAAACAGCUUUAAUCAAGAGUUUAGUCCAAACUUUCCAAUGGUGGAGGAGAUUUCUCGCCUCUCUGGCUUGUCCAAAGAUGUUGUAGUGGGACUGAUGGAGCAAGGGGUGGAGCUGGAUAUCGAUUGCUUUGAUGGGGAGACACCAGGAGACAUGAGGGGCCAUAGUAAAAGCCACCAGGACCAGUCUCAUGACUACACAAAAGAAAUGGGUUCACAGAGACCAAUUCAGUUGUCUCUAAGUGUCACACAUUCACCUCAGUCUCAGAGCAGCCUCACUCCUCCUCUUUCACACACCAGCAGUCCUAUACAUCCUUACCAAUCCAAUUACAUGCCCGUUCCACACCACCCCCCACAUUACUACCCACAUGACCUCCCCUCAUCCACUGCUUCUUCUCCUGCGUCUCGUCCAACCCCAAGGGCCAGAUCACCUCCGCAUCCUCUACAACCCUCUCCUAUGGGUGCCACUCCACUGUCUGUAUUUCGCAGAGAUGCCCCAUUUCAAUGCUCCCUUCCCCGCACAAACACAAGGAGCUCUGCAGUGGAUCAAUGUGGUAUCCCGCCCCGAGGAGGGUCCCUGCGGCAGAGUGGAGGAGGGGGAUGGAAAAGAGGUGAGGCACAGGGACUGUACAGAGGGAAGCAUGCCUCACACAAACUCAUCAGAGCAGCCACUGUCAGCAGCUAUGCUAAAAGAGAGGACUACAGCUCAAUUUGGGCUGAAGACAAAGUUGUUGAAAGAGGUGUUCAAAUUCCCAAAAAGAACUCCACAAAACUGUGGAAUCGAUUUGAGGGACGUCUCUUUGGAAAGGACCUGGAAAGUGAACAGGAGGAGAUGGACAAAGCAGAGUAUGGCUUUGGAUGGAGGAGGAACACUGGUGGAAGCUAUAGAAGGACACAAGAUAAGGAUUUAUUUUGGAUGAAUGAAACCAAAGGAGAGUGCUCCCCCAUGUUCUCAAAAAGAAGGGGGAGAGAGGAUGGAGAAAGGCGCAGCUCCAGUCUCAGGCUUUCUAGAAGAGCUCUGUUCAGGAGUGAGUCCCAGGGCCUGCUUGUGUCCUUGCACCACGAUGAGCCUGUGAAGCGGGCACUUUGGGUCUCUUCAUUAGAUGUGGGACAGGGAUCCAUGAGGAAGGAUGAAGGGGUGAGGCUGCUGCGAAAGAGGGAGGACAAGGGCCUGUCCUCAACUGCCAGUCUCUUUAACCUGUCUCACUCUGAGAGUAUAGAGGGCAGCUGUCAGUCCAUGUCCCCUCUGUCCUCUCCAUCAUUCUCUCCAUCCCCACCCAGGAGGACACUACAACGCUCACAUUCACUACGAGAUUUGGGGAAGAGAGUUUUUGGCUCCAUGAGGUCCCUGAGUCUUAAACGGAAACCAUCUAAGAAGUAACAUUUGUCAUAUGUCAUAUUGUGUUGUUUUAAUACAUAUUUAAAAUACAAAGCAGUAAUAUAAGCUGCCCCUUAAAAAACAUCUCCUUAACGUCUGCUUCUACAACAGACAUAUUGCUUCAAAACCAAAGUAACUGAACAAGAGUAGUGUUUGAUAUCCUUAAAGAUGCACUAUGUACCUUUUCUGGUGGUCCUCCGCCUCCUGGAAUGUUUCUCAGUAUAGCACUAAACUUAUCUAUUGAACACCAACAGGCCAAGUUACAGCUCACACCCAUAGAGAUGAACCCCUUCACAGCAAGAAUGUGUGUUUUUUAGACAAUAAUGUUCAGUGCCACACUAUGGAACAUUGCAGGUAAAACAAUGACAUCCUCAAGGAGACAAGCAGGAGGCAGGCCCUUAGAAAAGUUACAUAAUGCAACAAUAGUACUAUGUAAAUUAAUCUAGAAACAUAAUUGUACUUGACAGCGUUAUUAUUAUUAUGAGAGUAACAUUGAAUCUCAACUUCAUCAGUAAAACAUUGGUAUGAAUGUGAUUGUGAACACACAUUUUGCAUGCUCUUGUUCAUGUUUUUUUCUGCACAGCAGUUAAAAUGAAAAUGUAAUUUCUCUUGUAAUGGCAAUACUGCCUCUGGAGUACAAUCAUUAUUGGCCAGACAAUGACCAAACCAAGCAAAUACUUUUAAUUUUAUAUUGAGCUCAGGACUUAAAAUAGAUGUAAAGAUGAGAUAUUAUGUUAUAUCAUGACUAACAAAUACUAUGUAAAAAAUAAAUAAAAGUGUAUUUAAUCUG